UGCGGAGUUGGCUAGUCCUUUAGCCUCCGGCCUUUUGUCAACUGACAGUGACCAUCCCCGCCCUCCCUCCUCAGGCAGCGAUCCUGAAAUCGGCUGAGUUAGUGGGGUGGAGGAGGCCGGCCGACCCCAAGCCUCCUGGUCACUUCAUUUGGAGAGUUUUUAAAAGCCGCUUUCCAGCGACCGCAUUCACCGUAAAUGAAACCAAUCACCUGUCUGGGGGCGGGACCCUGGACACCGUCCUUUUUCGGUUAAGCGUCUAGCUUAAAACAUGCACUAUGGAAGGUGAGCCUUGAGUCGGAUAACCCACUGUAACGCUUGGCGCUGGCUUUACAAAAGACCUUGCCUCUGAAAAGUUCAUUCGGGAGAAGCGAUGCAGAUACACCCAUAACUUCUGUGGUUCUUGGUCUUCCGCCAUGGGUGAGCCGCAACAAGUAAGCGCUCUUCCGCCACCUCCAAUGCAGUACAUCAAGGAAUAUACAGAUGAGAAUAUUCAGGAAGGCCUAGCUCCCAAGCCUCCACCUCCAAUAAAAGACAGUUAUAUGAUGUUUGGCAAUCAGUUCCAAUGUGAUGAUCUUAUCAUCCGCCCUUUAGAAAGCCAGGGCAUCGAACGGCUUCAUCCUAUGCAGUUUGAUCACAAGAAGGAACUGAGAAAACUCAAUAUGUCUAUUCUUAUUAAUUUCUUAGAUCUCUUAGAUAUCUUGAUAAGGAGCCCUGGGAGUAUAAAACGAGAAGAGAAACUGGAAGAUCUUAAGCUGCUUUUUGUACAUGUGCAUCAUCUCAUAAAUGAAUACCGACCCCACCAAGCAAGAGAGACAUUGAGAGUCAUGAUGGAGGUGCAGAAACGUCAACGCCUUGAAACAGCUGAGCGGUUUCAGAAGCAUCUGGAACGAGUCAUUGAGAUGAUUCAGAAUUGCCUGGCUUCUUUGCCUGAUGAUCUGCCUCAUUCAGAAGCAGGGAUGAGAGUAAAAACUGAACCAAUGGAUGCUGAUGAUAGCAACAAUUGUACUGGACGGAAUGAACAGCAAAGAGAAAGUUCAGGUCAUAGGAGAGACCAGAUUAUAGAGAAAGAUGCUGCCCUGUGUGUCCUAAUUGAUGAAAUGAAUGAAAGACCAUGAAGGAUAUUUCUUUUUCUUUUUCUUUUUUUUGCUUUUCUCCUUUUCUUUUCAGUAAAUGUCAUAUAUUCAUUAUUUUGCUUUUGGAGAGUCUUAAAGAGAUAUAACUAGAAGUCAUGCGAACAGCUUGACUCCUGCUUCAUCAUUUAGGAGGCGUUACUGUCUGUAAGUGGCAAGCAUAGGCAAAUGAUUCUGUAUGUAUACAUUAAGAGUAAUCACCUUAAAAAGGAAAGUUCUGCGAUUGUGUGGAACAUUCCUGGAUUUGGAGUUGCAGAAAACAUUGAAGAUCUCAGUAAUAGCAAGCUUUCAUCUUUGAAAACUAGAUUUGUCAUUUGCUUUAAGAAUGAUAGAUAAAUAAAGGAUAUCAAGCUGUAUAAAUGUGAAAUUAUAAAAUCUUCAGAUUUACUUUACUUAAAAACUUACUUGAUCUCUAAAAAUGUAGUAUAACAUGUUAAAAGAGAGGAACCCCAUAGAGUUAUGAAACAGCAAUUUUAUUUUUCCUCUUGACUGCUUCUGUAAAUAUACUAUCUCAGCUUCUUAUUCCUACCUUGGAUAGGUCUAUUAACUUUUUUCCAGUCACUCAGAUAAUAAAUCUUUUGAUUACUUUUUGUUACAUUCA